CGGAGACACAGCACCAGGACCAGCAGCACAGUCUUAUACACAGACACACAGACUGCGGAUACCGACGACGGCAGCACCAGCAGAAGCAGCUACCUAUAAGACGUUGUAGCUGUAUACACACACACACACCACACAAAGAGACCUGCUGAACACCUGGCACCGACGACGCGACGGUCCGUUCCCACGCAACACCGCACACAGAUUCUGUAUUUUUCGUCUUCGGAGGACGUGCAGUUAUGUGCCGGACAUUGCGCCGUCAGCAGUCCACAGAAAUGGGUCCGCAACAGCAAAAGUCUUCCUACGCCAACCGCCUGAACACGUUGAAACAAGUCUUGAAGCCGUACAGGGACAACAAGGCCAAUUGUCUGCGGGUGAUCACCAAGACGGCCAGGGUGAACCUGAACAAACACUGGAAGAGCCUGGAGAGUCUGUUCACGGCCGGCCACGACGACCGCAAGGAACGUGCCCAGAACGUGGCCAACGAGAUGCUGGAAAACAUUGAAAACGCCGAACCCCAACCGAACGCGGCCAACCUGACCUCGGACACGGUUGAGAGGUUACGAAACAUUCACUUUGAUCGUUAAGCUGUUUGAUUUAAUUUAAUUUUUUUUUUUUUUUUGAGGGGGGGGGAGCAAAGGGAAACGUACCUCGUGUCUUUCGAUGUUUUAUUUUAUAUAUAUAUAUAUAUUUUUUUUUUAUUUUAUUAACGCACAUGCACUUGACGCACCAUUUAAUCGCACCAUUUAAUCGCACUAGUUACCAUUAGCACACAUUGCACUUGCACUUGCACUUUUUUAUUAUUAUUAUCAUGCACACACUAACAAGCACUUGUCGCACUCGUUUAAACUCGCACCAUUCGCACCUUUUAGUUUUUAAGAACACCAUCAUUUUACUAUUAUUAUUAUUAUUUAUUAUUAUUAAUUCACUUGAACCGGGUUGCACGAAAAUAAUUUUCAUAAUAACACUUGGAAAACAUUUGUUUUACUUUUAAAUCUAAAGAUCUCUUUAAACAUUUGGAUUAACGGCUUAAGUUAAAAAUAUUGGUUUUUAUUUUGUGCAACCCGGAACUAUAUCAUCGUUGAGCGGCAAUAACACAUCGCACAAAAUACUAUGUUUUAUCGCCAACGAAUGUACAUAAUAAUAUAUAAAUUAUAUCACAAAAACUAAUUCUAAUAUAAAUAUUAUAUUGUACAUAUUUUGUACUAGUUUAAGUUUGCGCCUAACAAAUUUGGGUUCAAACGACAACCAUGUCUUCCAUUUAUUUUUACUAUUAUAUUUAUAUUAUAAUUUAUAAGAUAAAACACAAAUUAUUAUAAGAUUGAUUUAUUUAAACGAAAACUGUGAUGGUUAAAGAUUAAUAUUUUUACAUAUUAUAAUUAUUAAAUAACACUAGAUAUAUAUGUAUAUUAUCAUAUUUUUACUUUUUUUUUUCUACUAAAGAUCUAUUUUUUGAAUUAUCGUAUUAUUUUUGUGUUGUAAUGAGAAGUUGCUCAAGUUGUAGUAUUAUUAAGUAGCACUAUUUAUUAAAACAAUCAUAGAGUUAAG